GUGGCAUUCGAUUCGCACCUCCGGGGACCGUCGUUCGUGAUGGAACCACCGUCACGGCUCGAGUUCUCCAACUCCUCCGGCGGCUGGCUGGACUGUUCCGCCUCCGGCAGUCCGCAACCCUCGAUCGACUGGCUGUCGGUGGACGGGACGUCCGUCGGCGACGUCGGCGGCGUCCGGCGGGUCCUGCGCAACGGGACGCUGGUGUUGCUGCCCUUCCCUGCCGCCGCCUACCGGCAGGACAUCCACAGUACAAUCUAUCGAUGCGUGGCGUCGAACACCGUCGGGCGGGUGAUCUCGCGGGACGUGCAGGUCCGGGCAGUGGUUGCUCAAGCAUACAAAGUUGAUGUUGAAGUGCUGGCAGCUUCCCGCGGCUGCACCGCGAUCCUGCGUUGCGUAGUGCCUAAUUUUGUUAAGGAGUUAGUACGGGUCGUGUCCUGGGUGCAGGAGCCGGCAUUUUACAUUUACCCAUCGCUGCAGGGAGAUGGCAAGUACCACCUGCUGCCGACUGGCGAGUUGCUGAUACACAAUCUAGAGUAUAAUGAUCGGUAUCCUUCCUAUCGGUGUCGGACGAUGCACAAGCUCACGAGGCAAGUCGUCACGAGCAAUUCGGCCAAGAUUCGCAUGAACGAGCAACGAGGAAUAGUUUCGCCAAGUGUCGUCGAACAUACGUCACACGUGUCCGUCUCGCAGGACGAAGGUGCCGUGCUGCUGUGCGUCGCCCAAGGCUGUCCCUCGCCGGAGUAUCGAUGGUACACGCACAACGGUCCGGAGCCGAUCCCCGUCUCCUCCGGGCCCCGGAUACGACUGCUCGGGCCAGUGCUGGCGAUCGAGGCCGUGACCGGCGAGGACGGCGGGGUCUACAAGUGUUCGGCGUCGAACGCGGGUGGCGAGGCGAGCGCCGACCUGCGCCUGACCGUGUCCACGCCGAUCCACGUCGAGAUUUCGCCGAACGUGCUGAGCGUCCACAUGGGCGGCACGGCCGAGUUCCGGUGUCUCGUCACGGCCAAUGGGAUGGCGGCCGGGCCGCAGCACAUCGUCUGGUUCAAGGAUGGCCGCCAGCUGCCCAGCUCGGGCCGCGUGGGCGACACGCUUCAGGUGACGGGCGUGACGCGCGAGGACAAGGGCAUGUACCAGUGCGUGGUAAGGCGCCAGGAGGGCGACUCGUUCCAGGCGUCCGCCGAACUGCAGCUGGGAGAUGCGCCCCCGUCGCUGGUGUACAGCUUCAUCGAACAAACACUGCAGCCCGGCCCGGCCGUUUCGCUCAAGUGUUCCGCCCAGGGAAAUCCGACGCCCCAGAUUUCCUGGACACUGGAUGGAUUUCCACUGCCAACGAAUGGGAGGUUUAUGAUUGGCCAGUACGUGACGGUGCACGGCGAUGUCAUCAGCCACGUGAACAUCAGCCACGUGAUGGUGGAGGACGGUGGCGAGUACUCGUGCGCCGCGGAAAACCGUGCCGGCCGGACAUCGCACUCCGCACGGCUCAAUAUUUACGGAUUACCGUACAUUCGGCUGAUACCGAAGGUGACGGCUGUGGCCGGCCACACGCUGUACCUCAAGUGUCCGGUCGCGGGCUACCCGAUCGAGGAGAUCCACUGGGAGCGUGGUGGACGUGAGCUGCCGGAGGACAUGCGCCAGAAGGUCCAGUCGGACGGUACGCUCGAGAUCAAGGAGGUCCAGAAGUCGCUCGACUCCGGUGUCUACACCUGCUGGGCGCGCAACAAGCAGGGCCAUAGUGCGCGCCGCAGUGGCGAAGUGGCGGUUAUAGUCCCACCCAAGCUGAACCCGUUUCAUUCGUCGAUCCUGUCGCUGAACGUUGGCGAUCGCGCCUCGAUCACCUGCUCCGUGAUCAAGGGUGACAUCCCACUCACGAUCGCCUGGCGUAAAGAUGGCCGCCCGAUCGAUCCUACUCAGCGCAUGUCAGUGACCCAGGUCGACCAGUACAACGCCAUCCUGCUGAUCGAGAACCUGUCGGCGGACCAUACCGGGAACUACUCGUGCGUGGUGCGCAACACGGCCGCCGAAACCGAGGGUCACCAGUCGCUGCUGGUCAAUGUUCCACCCCGCUGGGUCGUCGAGCCGACGGACGUGAGCGUCGAGCGGAACCGCCACAUUAUGCUCCACUGCCAGGCGCAAGGAGUUCCCGUGCCAACGAUUCUGUGGAAGAAAGCAACAGGAAGUAAAUCCGGCGACUACGAAGAGGUUCGGGAGCGCCCGUACACCAAGCUGCUGGCCAACGGGUCGCUGCUGCUGCAGCACGUCAAGGAGGACCGGGAAGGGUUCUACCUGUGCCAGGCGAACAACGGCAUCGGUACCGGCAUCGGGAAAGUUAUUCAGCUCAAGGUGAACUCUUCCCCGUACUUUGCCGGCCAGUCGAAGAUGGUCACCGUGAAGAAGGGAGACACAGCCAUCAUGCAGUGCGAGGUGAAGGGCGACAAGCCGAUCAACGUCGUAUGGCUUCGCAACGGCAAGCACGAGCUUAACCCGUCCACAAACUAUCGCGUCUCGAUCAAGCAGGACGCGACGCCCGAGGGCAUCUCGGCCGAGGUGCAGAUCGCGAACGUGGACAGCAGCGACAGCGGGGCGUACUUCUGCCAGGCGAGCAACCUCUACGGCCGCGACCAGCAGCUGGUGCAGCUCCAGGUACAGGAGCCACCGCAGCCACCGUCUUCGCUCGAGGCCGCAACCGUGUCGAGCCGGGUGGUGAACCUGAAGUGGCAACCGCGCGGUGGCGACGCGGCCGAGGUGUCGAAGUACAUCGUCGAGUAUCGGGAAAUUGACCGGCAGUGGCAGUACAUCGAAAUAUCCGACCCGCCCGCCUACUCGACCAUCAUCGAGGGCCUGAAGCCGGCCACCAACUACGUGUUCCGGAUUGUCGCCGAAGGUCCGGCCGGGAGAAGCUCCCCGAGCCAGGAGCUGUUCAUCAAGACGGACCCGCAGCGACCGGCAGGAACUCCGCUGAAUCUUGGCGCCCGACCCGUAUCGUCCACCGAGAUUCUAGUCAGCUGGAUGCCACCCUCUUACGAGCUGCGUCACGGUGAGAUCCAGGGCUACAACAUCGGCUACCGAUCGAUGCACGCGACGAGCAACAGCUACAACUUCACGUCGGUAUCGGGUGACGGUGAGGAUGGUACCGGGGAGCUGCUACUGGCUAACCUCGCCAAGUACACGCGUUACACCAUUGUGGCGCAAGCGUUCAACCAAGUCGGGCCGGGGCCGCUCUCAGAGCCGGUCACGGCGCAAACGAUGGAAGACGUCCCGAGUCGCCCACCGGAAGAUAUCCGCUGUAUGGCGCAGAGUUCCACCUCGAUCCAGGUAUCGUGGCAACCGCCGCAGGCCCACCACACGAACGGGUUGCUGCAGGGCUACAAGGUGUUCUACGAGUGUGCCACCGAGGACGCGAUCGCGAGUGGCGAGAUGGAAACGCGCAAAACCACCUCCCUCACCGUUCAUCUGUCCAAUCUGCGCAAGUUCUCUAACUACAGCAUUCAGGUGUUGGCGUACACGCGCAUGGGUGAUGGUGUCAUCUCUCCACCCGCCUUCUGCCACACGGACGAGGAUGCCCCCGAGCCACCGGCCGACAUUAAGAUUGCGAUCAGCUCGCCCUCAUCACUGUACGUGUCCUGGUUGCCACCGCGCGAUCCCAACGGUAUCAUCACCAAGUACAACCUGUACAUGCGCGCGGUGAACGGCCGCGAAGAGCUGAACAACGACAAGCGUAACCUGCAGGCGCAUCAGCAUCACUUCGAGGCGAAGCAACUUCAAAGCCACACCGAGUACCAGUUCUGGGUGUCGGCAUCGACGCGUGUUGGAGAGGGCAAGAGCUCCCGCGUCGUUUCUCAGCAGACGUCCAACCGCGUGCCGGCCAAGAUCGUUUCGUUCGGUGGUUUAACGGUGCGUCCCUGGAAGUCGUCCGCUUCACUGAACUGCAUGGCGGUGGGACAACCGAGGCGCGAGUGGUUCAAGGGUGACACACUGCUACGACCCGGUACGCAACACAACAUCCAGCUGCUCGACUCUGGUGAGAUUAUCGUGACGAUGCUUCAAACGAGUGACACCGGCAACUACACCUGCCAGGUGGACAAUGGCAUCGGAACGGAUCGGCUGACGCACAACCUGCUCGUCCAGGUUCCACCCGGUCCGCCCGUCCUCUACGUGACCAGUGCCACCUCUAGCAGCAUUCUGCUUCACUGGAAGAUUGGCUCGACGGGCAACGCACCCAUCACCGCCUUCUCACUGCACUACCGACGGGUGCACGGGAACCUGGAGGAGAUGCAGCUGUCCCGGCACUCCGCAAGCCACGACCUGAAGGGUCUCUUCUGUGGCAGCACCUAUCAGGUGUACCUGGUGGCGCACAACAAGAUCGGUUCCUCGUCCGCCAGCACGACGCUCAACGUGAAGACACAGGGUCAACCACCGGGCAUCCCGCCCGAUUCGGUGCUGAUCGCACCCAACUCCACCUCAGUUGUGUUGCGCCUGAACGGAUGGCCCGACAAUGGCUGCCCGAUCAUGUACUUCGUGCUGCAGUACCGCUCCGUGUCCGGUGGGCUCGACGACGAGUGGCACCUCGUCUCGAACGCUCUGAAACCGCAAAGGCGCUUCACGCUGCCGGGCCUCCUGCCGUCGACCAUGUACCGGCUCAAGAUGGAAGCGCACAACGUGGCCGGCUCAACCAACGCCGAGUAUACCUUCUGGACGCUCACCAAGGACGGAGACCCACCACCGCCGGAGCUAGUAGAAAGAGGACACCGUUCUCAGAUUUUUUAUAACAAUAUUCAGUUGCUGAUACCGAUCAUCAUCACGAUCACCGCCACCAUCAUCUGCAUCGCGUUCACGGUGGUGUGCUACAAAUACCGCCAGCGAGGUAGACAGCGAAAGGACACGAUGGAAAGCCAACAGACCACCGACGCGCAACGGGAUCGCUACUACGCCACGAUCCACAAAGUUGCUUUGCAAGCAGGCGAUAAAAUACCUGAAACAUCCGAAGAUAUCUCGCCGUACGCCACGUUCCAGCUUUCGGAGGCUAGCACUCUAGCGCAGCCACACCACAGCGGCCCAGCCAACACCCUGCUGCACUCCUUCAUGUACCACGAACGCGCCAUGACCGAGGGUUGCGCCUCGCCACCACCCGCCGCGGUACUGAGACUUCACAAUCAAUCACCAUACUACAAUAUUAACUCCUCCAAGGGCCGCCGAAGACAUUCGCGCAAAACGGAGCCCGAAAGCGAGGAGUCCGACUCGGACCAAGACCAGCUGACCUCGAGCCGUACCGAGUCGUCCAACCAGCUGGACGCGAAGAUGAAGCACAGUAAGGAUCUGGACGUGGGGGCGGCGGGCGGCCACCCGGGCGACCACGGCUAUAACCCGAACCACUAUAUGCGUUCUAUUCCAGGUCUCAUUUAUCACGGCACGCAAUCGAGCACGUCGUCCGAUUUGUCGCCGAUGUCCGAACAAAAGUCCUUACCGCGGCGUGGCCGUUCAAGUCAAAGUCAAACACAUCACAUCUAUAUGCCCAGGGGAACGAUGCGAUCGUUACUGACACCGUUGCACCUGCCGGACGGGAGUGCCCCGGGCGGGGGUCCCCUGUUCCAUCAGGUGCCGAUCGAGGGCGGCACUCCGGGUGGGCUCGAGUUGUCCGAGGCCGAGUGCGACAUAGACACGAUCAAGAAGCUCAAACUCGGCAUGCGCUCGUCGCUCUGGUCGCGCCCGAGCCAAAGCAAUGCUGGAGGCGGUGGCGGAGCAGGCGGAGGAGGUGGAGGAGGAGGCGGCGGGCUUACAGGAGCCUCCAAUAACAAUAACAACAACAGCAUCGGUGGAGGUGGCAACAACACCGGUGGCGGCGGAGGGGUCGGCGCCGUCGGCAACAACAACAACAACGGAAGUAAUGGCAACUCGAUCGUGGGCAGCAUCCUGGGCGGAACGGGCGCGGGACCGAACGGUGGCCCGGGAGCGGUCGGUGGCACCCCAGGACAUCCUUCCGAUUACUCGAUCGCAGUAUAA